UCGCAGUACGUUUCCGCUCUUUCAGAUAUGGCGUGCGAUAGGAAAUAUUUUGCGAUCACUUGGCGAAUAGAAAAUUACAAUUUUUAUUAUGGAACACGAGGAAAUGGUCUUUCCAGUUCAUCAUUUGUCAUUGACUCAGUAAAAGACGUCUCAUGGACGUUACAGAUAGUCCCUGAAUCAGGAUUACAGAAAGAACAUAUAGUUUUUUAUAUCCAAAGCGCAGGUAGUCCACCCACCAACUCCGCAUUUGAUGUGGAACUUUCCUUUUUCAAUGAUGACGAUUCUUCUCCCUCAUUCGAAAAAUCAUUUUCAUCAAGCAGUUGGAAUUGCCUUAAAAUAUUUAAUUGUUACAUACCUCACAAUCAAGUCUAUCGCAAAAAAGAAAAUAAAUUCAAGCCACCUGAAACGCUUACAAUUCUUUGCAGAUUGUAUAAUACCGACGAAUCCUUUUCAGAAGCAUGGCAAUGUUUCACUUGCACUCGAAUACAAGUGGAAAGAACAGCGUUCAUUGGACAGGUAGAGGAAUUUGGCAGUAUUUUUCCUCGCGAAAAGCGGAAUUUGGCGAUAAAGUCUGCUUCUGCAGAAAAACAGUUGUUCUCAUUGGAUUUAACUUUGGCUGGUGGUAUCGGUAGCAAAGAAAAUAUUUGGAUUGAAGUUACACCCGUUGAUAAGGAUUUUGUAAAAUUUUGUGUUUGUAAAGUAUUUGUAUUGGAUUCCGAAGGAAUGAAGAUAGAAUGCGGGAAAAGUGAAAUGCUAUUUAAUAAAGAACAAUCAGAAAAUGUGAAAUUCCUACUGAAUGUUACCAAAGAUUACUUGACUAGAAGAUAUUCUCAAUUUUUAUCAAAUGAUAUCCUGACUUUGAAAUUCGAAUUUGCUUUUUCCACCGGUGUUGAAUACAAACGAAUAGAAGAUAGUGUAUUUGGUAAUCUUACAUUUUUUAUGGAAACUCCAAUUAAAGUCCCCAGUGCUUUGGAUGAUUUGACUUGUUUGUUGAAAGAAGGUGUCCUCUGUGACACCAAACUUCAAACAGAAACUGAAACAUUUAAGGCUCAUAAGAGCAUUUUAAGUGCACGAUCUUCGGUAUUCAAAAGUAUGUUUACCGCCGACAUGAAAGAAAAGAUUACUGAUUGCGUGACCAUCGAAGAUUUAGAUGCAGAAGCAGUUCGUCUGAUGCUUAUGUUCAUCUAUUCGGAUAGAUUGGAAGACAUGAAUUUGGAGCAAGCAAAAGGCCUCUAUUUCGCUGCCGAUAAGUACAACAUAAUAGCCCUGAAACACAAAUGCUCAAAUAUUUUGAAGAGCAAUCUCCAGCUAUCUAAUUGCUGUGAGCUCUUACUUCUGUCAGACAGGCAUCAUGAUGAAGAUCUGAAGAAAUGUGUGCAGGGAUACAUUGCAGACUAUCGUGAGGAAGUAUUUCAUUCUAGUCAAUGGUUGAAUUUAGAAAAGAGUAAUCCUGAACUUUCAAUUGAAACUUUUCAUGCUGUUUAUCUGGGAAAAUAGAAAAAUGGAUGCAAUCUCUUCGAAAGGCUGUCUAUGGUUUUGGAAAUGCCUGUCCAAGCAUUCACGAUUUUGGGCUCAAUUUGUUUUGUUCGCAUCUGGUUUUAUAAAACAGUAUCAUGAUUAUUUUUCUUACUCUGUAAAAAAGAAUUAAUUUUUUUGAAAAAGAAAAUAAAGCAUGCUU